ACGCGUUCGUUUCUCAGUUGGAAACCACACCGUGCUGUAUCGAUGCGCAACCCAGCUGUGCUCUCAGUGCUGCAGGACACGUUCGGCUCUGCGACUGCCAGCCCGACCAUCAGCACUGCGCCGGGGACGCCGUUGCCGGGGACAAUGAGCCCGCUGAGCCUGUCCACGAGCGCCUCUGCAACGGGACUGCCGCAGAUCGCCCUGCUCAGCCCUGCUGCUGCUGUUGCUGCUGCUGCUGCGCUCCAUCAGCAGUACCAACAGAGCACUGGUAACGCUGGCAGACGAACAACGCUGCCACUGCUGCAGGACGCCGCCGCGCUGAGCGAUGACGACACGAGCCAAACGCCGAUUAGUCAGGCUGCCCGGCAACAGCCGCACUUGGCACUGCUCGGCCAGCACUGGUCGCAGCAGAGUGGUGCUGCUACUACUCCUGCUACGGGAAUCACAGGCGAUACUGCGGCCGUCGUUAUUCCGCCGCUCGACCGGCGCGAUCAAGAUCCAAUGUUGUCAAUCUCCCCGAACAAGACCAAGCACUCCUCGGAUUGGAGCAGCAGCCAGCAUCACCUCCUUGCAGGUCGAGGGCCAGUGCCAUCCGACUCGGCUGCUCCUGAUCCACGACCGUUCAAACCCGCGGCGUCGCGGCGUUGGCGGAUUAUCACCGCAGUUGCUUACGGGACUUGCUCCCUGAUGAUCAUGUUCGUCAACAAGGCCGUUCUGACAACCUACGCGUUUCCAUCAUUUGUCGUUCUGGCACUCGCACAGUUUGCCUUCACUGCCUUGGUCUUGCGUGCGUUGCAACUCUUUCGGUUUGUCCGCUUGCCAGCCAUGUCCAGAAGCGUCGUGUCCAAAGCCGCCCCGCUCUCGGUGUUGUUUGUUCUCAACUCGACCAGCGGCCUCGGCGGCACCCAGCACCUCAGCUUACCAAUGCUCACCGUCUUGCGCCGCUUUUCCAUCUUUCUGACCAUGGUUUUGGAAAGGCUGGUGCUGGGCAAUCGAGCCCCCACGCCCGUUGUCAUGAGCGUCGGUCUCCUCAUCCUUGGCGCCAUUGUCGCCGCCUGGAGUGACCUGGCCUAUGACCGCGACGGCUAUGUUCUGGUCAUGAUCAACAAUCUGUGCACCGCCUUGUCCGGAGUGCUGUUGAAAAAGCGACUGGAUGCGCGCGACCUCGGCACGCUGGGCCUGCUCUACUACAACUCGCUGCUCGGCAUACCACUCGCCAUGGCAUACCUUGUGCUCGUCCCCGAGGAGUGGACGGCAGUCGCAAACUAUCCGGCGUGGACUGAGCCGCUCUUUGUGUUGUGGUUUGCCCUCACAAUGUGCAUGGGCCUGCUGCUCAACUACACCAUGUAUUUAUGCACCAACGCCAACUCCCCCUUGACAACGACGGUUGUAGGGGUGAAAAACACCAUCAGCACCUACUCUGGUAUGAUGUUUGGCACCUACUACCGGUACUCUCCCGAGAACUUUCUGGGCAUCAAUCUGUCCGUCGCAGGCUCGCUCGUCUACUCGUACACAACGUUUGGCGCUUCAAAGUCGCGUGCGACCGGCUAA